AUGUCUACUGAAACGUACAAGGCGAUUUUGAAAAUUCUGGUAAUUUUGAUAUCUGGGUCCAUUUUCCGGUCCAAGACAGACUCGAUAGACAACUACCUACCACUCUACGAAUCGUUGAUUGAAUAUUUGGACGUCAUUGACAUCAUGACCCAAAAACUCUAUUUGCAAGAUAAUAAGAUCACAUACAAUUCGAUCAAGUUGGUGACCGAUUUGAUCAACAAGUCCCUUUUAUGUGGCUACGAUGGUAUCAUUACUCUUGCUGGUCGUUUGAAGCAUGUUACCUUCUUCAGUACUGUUGGCAACUUGAUUGAAACUGACGACAAGUCCAUUCUUGACUCGAUCUCGCACUUGAAAGUCGCCUAUUACAGCCUCAACGAGUACCUCAAUGCCACCACAUUCGACCUUUCUAUUAAGUCGCAUCAAGUGAUGCUUAAUAACCUCUUCAUUUUUUUGGAGGUAUCCCUCAAUGAGUACGGAACUCCUGCCACCACUGAAGAGUACGUCAAGGCCGGAUUCACCGAAGAUCCCAGAAACUUUGUGGUGCAAAACUUUACCAUCUUGCUUGCCAUGGACUUGAAGAUCUUUGUCAAGGACCCCAAUUUCACGUUCAAGAAGCGGUUUCACGAAGAAUUGAUGAUGAGCGACCAUAAUAGAACAUUCCCACUCUUCUUAUUCAUACAAAAGGCCACCGACAUGUGGUUACAAAUAUUCCAUCUGAAAGACCAGUACCCCCACAUCUACUCCUCCAUUUUGAGUUGGGAGUUGAUGAUCUACUACACAAUGAACAAUUGCUUAAUCUUAUGGCAGGAGACGAAGUCCCGGUUGGAAAAUCCACUGGAUAUCGAUAGUAUCAUGGAGCUCUUGGAGGCUCAGGUUAGCCAGUUGAACGAAGACUUGGGUAAGGGCAACAAGUCUGUGGAAGAAUGCUUGGAUCUCACAACAAAGGACCUUGAAACAUUGCGCCAAGUUCAGAUCCAAAAGAUCAGCGACGCUCAUUCAUCAAAAUGGGCGAGUAGACUUGUGGAGUUUGACCUGGUGUUAGCAAGAGAAGUCAUGGACUUUGUAUGUGAACAACGAGUGGUACAAUUACUCAAAGGAUCGUGGGUGUACACCGAGUCGUAUGGAGAGCAAAUGCUCAGAAGUAACUCGAGUCAUCUGGGAGUGGGCAACAAGUACUACUUCAUCAUGUUGGCGCCUAAUAGAAAAUUUGUCUAUUACAAAGAGUUUGUGGAAAAAUCGUUGGUGAACCCAACCUACGAAGAUAUGGAAGAGCAAGCUAUACCGUUGGCUGACAUUGUUGACUUCAAGGCGUCGAAAGCAGGCGAGCAUGUUGGUGAACUGGAUAAGAAACAGAACAGCAUGUUGGUGUCUGUCAAAGGAACCAUUUCUCAUGAAAAUAUCGUUUUGAUUGGAGCCAAGGGUCGGCAUUUGCUCUCGUUCUACACCGAUACACAAGUCAGUAAGUACGUUUGGUUGGAUGGUCUCAAGAUGUUGAAAGGAAUGUGGGCCGGAAGACUAUCGGACGACACCGAGAAGCAGGUUGAGGCAUUGAUAGAAAUGAGAAAAAAUACCCAAUUGUUGGAUUUGGAGCACAAAGCCAUUGGAGGAGAAUUGGAAUACGAGUAUGAUAGUGACGAUGACGAUGACGAAUUCUAUGAUAUCAAGGAGCUCGCCAACGUCACCGGUGAGUUCCACUAUAAGUAG